UUUUGCCGCGAGAGAGAUUUGUGAAAAUCCACUCCACCGGACAGCCUCUGGCUCUGGUCUCACACUGUAGUCACUGCAGAGAGCGAGAAAAGAGAGAGAGAGAGAGAGAGAGAGAGAGAUGCACGCGCUGUCGUCCCCCGCCUGGGUACUCAAUUCCCCACCUUCUGUGCUUCCCCGCUCAGUCCAUUCUCGCUUCCCUUGCCUUCUCAAUCACCUGCACGUUUCCACCACUAAGAACCACGUCCUUUUCUACCCCUGCCAAGUUCCCGGGACGCGCUUCGCGCGAUUCUCUCCCGCCGCUACCUCAGAUUCCUUCAUCGAAGACGCGGAAGACGUUGUCGUCGGCGACUGUGUCGUUUUCGAGGAAGGCAUCUUCGACGAUCCUUUUCUUGAGGAAAACCACUAUCAGCGGCCUCGAGCGCUCGAGACAAAGCCCCGAAGGCGGCAGAAGAAAACCACCGUUGUGGAGGAGACAUUAGUUCCCGAGAAAUGGAAGGACAUCCAGGCCGAAAUCAACAUGACCAAGAAGGACAAGCGAAGAAUUGCUCGGGAAUUAGAGUUCGCUAGCCGUUUGGAGAAGAAGAAGAAGAGGGAGUUCGACGUUGAUCAGUACUCGGCUUAUCGAUCGCUCAAGCUAUCUCAGUUGAAGCCACUCGUCCUCGACAACCCAGAUUACCCUGUAAGGGAAAAUGAUUCCGAUGGAGAUGACGAGCAGCAAGCGGCGGAGAUCGAUGGUUAUGCGCAGGUCGAGGAUUUUUCUCCUUCGAGUGGGAGGGUUGUGCCGAGGAACCCUAGAUUGGAUGUUGAUGGUGCCUCGUUUCUUGACAUAAAAAGGUCACUGGAAAAUAGCCCCGAAGAUGGCAGCAAGGAGUCUAAAGGCUCUCGCAAGCUAUUUACGAAGGAGGAGAAGCUUUUGCUAAAUAGACGGAUACCUGAUCUAGCAGAUGCAUCUUCAAGUAAAUGGAUACCAGUACACACUCUUGCUGCAUCUGGACAAUUCUACCUUCUUGAUAUGUUGCUGAAACAUAAUGUUGAUAUCAAUGCCAUUGACAAGGAUGGUCUCACUGCACUACACAAAGCCAUACUUUGCAAGAAGCAGGCUGUUACCAACUACCUGUUGAGAGAAUCUGCAAAUCCUUUUGUUAGAGACAGAGAUGGUGCUACUUUGAUACAUUAUGCGGUACUGGUUGCAUCUGUUCAUGCUAUUAAGAUUCUAAUACUAUACAAUGUGGACAUUAAUCUUUCUGACAAUUAUGGAUGGACUCCGCUGCAUCUUGCUGUACAAACACGACGAACAGAUGUGGUACGACUCCUGUUAAUUAAAGGAGCUGACAAGUCCUUGAAAAACAAGGAUGGAUUGACCCCACUAGAGAUGUGUCUUUAUGGUGGUAGAGACCUACGCACUUAUGAGCUUAUUAAGCUGCUGAAGCUGUUCCCUAAGCCUCGACUCUCUUAAAUCCAAAAUUUGGAAGCUUUGGAGCUUAUGUCUUUGUUGACUUUUUGAGCAGAAUUUGGCGUACACCUUCUUAUGAUCGCGUCGCUGUGUCACUUCGUGCAAGAAUGCUAACAUAUAUGUGAAAAUAAUAUCCACGCAUUGAUUCAAUGUGGGUGCAUUAGGGGAUCUGCAAAGAGCUGCUCAACAAUCAGAAGCGGAGAGGAGAAUCCAAUUUUUUGUCUAUAUUGUAGGUUGAGAAGCCAAGCCUCCUGGUAAACUCAUUGUGAACGGGAUCGUUCUUGAAACAGGUUAAAAUGGAUAUUAUUUGACCCCACAAAAUGGAAUAUACAUCUAUGCUUUUCCUCUCAUAUCCGGUAGAUGAGCGUCAAUCCUUGUGUCUGCAGAGUCGUGAACAGAGAGAACGAAGUGGGCUAAUUAAUCUUUACUUUGAUAUUGAAAGCGCA